UAAUAUCAAAGCCCGGUUAAUUGUAAUUGGUCUUAAUUAACAUUAAAGGAUAUGCAAACACAGUACUUUAGAUUUUAUGACCUUCAGUGAUCAGGUCAAUGGCAGAAACAUUGAACAAGAAUAUUAGACAAGACCAGUUCUCUGGAAGGGUCACUCGACCCAAAACAUUAAUUCUGAUUCUCUCCACAGAUGUUGAUGGACCUGCUGAGCUUUUCCAGCAACUUCUGUGUUUGUUUAAAACACAGAUUAACUACAAAUGAAGAUAAUCAUAUUCUUGAUAAAGAUUUCUUCAAUCAAUCAUUUUGAAGUAACAGCUUUUUUGUCUCACCGUGAUCAAGGAAUUUAUUUUAUCAAUGUGAAACAAAAUGAAUUUAUCAGACAAUGAGAAUUCAGACAAUGUGCAAUAUUGUUUUGAAUUGGUCAACACGUCCUGUACCAGAGUCACCAGGUCAAUUGCAAUUAAUGUAGCACUGUACAUUUUUAUUAUCACUUCAAUACUCAUUACUAUAUUUGGAAACCUGGUGGUGGUCAUUUCUGUUUUACAUUUCAAACAACUACAGACACCCACCAAUUUUCUUCUCUCAUCUUUGGCAGUUGUGGACUUUCUAGUUGGCUUUAUUGUACUGCCGUAUAGUAUGGUUAGGUCAGUGGAAACAUGCUGGUAUUUUGGAGAAGUGUUCUGUAAAAUUCAUUCAAUUAUAGAGAUUGCGUUAACUGUUGUUUCAAUUUAUACUUUAUGUUUUAUUGCCAUUGAUCGUUAUUAUGCUAUGUGUGACCCUUUGUUUUACUCUAUAAAGAUCACUCUACCUGUAACGGUUAUGACAAUUAUACUAAUUUGGCUGUUUGCUGUCUUUUAUGGACUUAGUGUAUUUUUACUAGACUUUAGUAAAAAGACUGUAGACAAUUAUGUAGCUGUAAGGUCCUGCGAGGGCAGCUGUAUUGCAUACCAUAAGUUUGAGGGGCAUAUAGAUGCAUUGAUUGUAUUUUUUAUUCCAAUUUUUAUCAUUUUAGGAAUAUAUGUCAAGAUAUUUUUUGUAACAAGAUGCAAACUUUGUAGAAAGAUUGAAAAUAUGCCAAAUGAUAGACACUGUACUGAAGAAAACAAUGUCAAAAUUAUGCAUAAAAAGGACCAGAUAGUUGUUAGAAACCAAGACAUAUUAAUUGGAGUUUUUACGUUAUCCUGGCUGCCUUUCUAUGUAAAUAGCAUUGUUAACCCAUAUUUUGAUUUUUUAAUCCCACCAGUUUUGGAUAGUGUAUUUGCAUGGUUUGGAUUCUUUAAUUCUACUUUAAACCCUUUGCUGUAUGCUUUCUUGUAUCCAUGGUUUCGGAAAUCACUAAAACUUAUACUUUCUUGUCAGAUAUUUAACUCUGAUCCUUCUACAGUUAAUUUUCUUUCUGAGUAACCACAUAUGGAAAUGAUGCAAAAAAUGAAAUA